AUGUGGAUCGUCAUUGCCCCGCCGAUGGGGGAGGACCGGCGGCAGCUCGCCGGCGACUGCGUGGCGGUCUGCAGCUGCUGCCCCUGCCUGGUCGUCCAGAUCCUCGUCCUCCUCGUGGUCGGCGUCCCGCGGAGGCUGGCGAGGAACUCCAGGGAGCUCGUGAGGAGGAAGCUCGGCGGUGGAGGACGCCGGAGUGCUGCCGGAGAGGGGGCCGCCACCGGUGGAGAUCUGGCGGACGUCGCAAUGUGGCUCUCAGACGGCGACGUUUUGGGAGGGGGCGGCGCCACCGCCGCCUGCCGCGGCUGCGCGAUCGCGGAGGCGGAGGAGGUGAUGGCGGAGCUUCACCGGCGGGGAGAGUUCGGCUUUGGAAGCUUCUGGAGGAGGAGGACAGGAGGGGACGACGCGGGGGCGCCGCCGUGGAAGUCCGGUUGCGCCGCCGGCCGUGUCGUGGAAGUCCGGUUGGCGUAA